AGAAGUGUGUCUGCACAGCCCGUCUGUCUUGGCCGUCAGCAGAAUAAGCGUUGGAGCUUUCGCUGCACAGACAGAGAAUUCCCUGAAAGAAUAAAGUAGCUCUCCGCAGCGCACAGGCUGAUCCGGGCUCCGGGUUAGGGUCCGGGUCUAUGGCCUGAUCUGUACCGGCGGCAGAUAGGCUGCAGCUGAAGCCUCCGAGAUGCUCCGAGCUCUCUGCAGCUGCUCAAUAACGCCGUCACCGAUACCGGCCCGGGGACACAGCUAUGCUUUUCCGACGGAGAGCCAGGAUGUUGCGAUGGCUGGUGUGUGGUCGGUUGGGUCCAGUUUGGAUGUGGAAAGCACUGCUGCUCUUUGUGGCCAUUGUUUUUGCAGGCCAGCUGCUCGGAGUCAUCUUCAACAAGAGCAGUGUCCAGCCAGCUGCUCGCUCCAUCUUCUCGUCCCCUGAUGCUCAGGGGCCUUCUCUGGGCUCCUGUCAGCCCCACACCCACAUCAUGUUCCUCAAGACCCACAAGACAGCCAGCAGCACUGUGCUCAACAUGCUGUACCGCUUUGGAGAGGAGCGCAACCUCUACUUUGCCCUACCACUGGGCUACCAGCUGGGCUACCCGCUGCCCUUCAACGCUCACAGGGUCAAAGGUUACCGAGGUCCCAGAGCCAUGGAGUUCCACAUCAUGGGCAAUCACAUGAGAUUUAAUAAGCCAGAGGUGGAGAAGGUGAUGCCUGCAGACACGUUCUACUUCUCCAUCAUCAGAGACCCGGUUGCUCUGGCUGAGUCCUCCUUUGCCUAUUACAAAGAAGUGGCACCUGCCUUUCGGAAAGCCAAAGGCUUGGGCGAUUUUGCUGAUGACCCCAGGAAAUACUAUGAUCCUCGUCUCCGCAACAACCACUAUGCACGCAACCUGCUGUGGUUUGACUUUGGCAUGGACCACAAUGCUAACUUCUCAGUGGCUCUGGCUCAGCGUGGUGAGGCCAUGAUCCACCAGGCUUUUAAGCUGAUUCUGAUAUCAGAGUACUUUGACCAGUCCAUGAUCCUGCUGAGACACGCCCUCUGCUGGCCGCUGGAUGCUGUUGUCUCAUUUAGUCUCAACGCUCGGCAGCAGAAGCCCAGCAGCAUAGGAGGGAUGAGUGGGAGCUGGAUGGGCAAAGCGGCAGCAGUGGCUGGUGUCAACGUUAGAGGUGGACGCUCACAAGCCAAGACACCGCCCAAUCUGUCACUAACGGAGGAACAGCGGGAGAAGCUGCGGCAGUGGAAUGCCUUAGACUGGUAUUUAUACAAAGCCUUUAACCGGACCUUCUGGGAGGAAAUUGACAGGUUCGGUCACACCCAGAUGGAGCAGGAAGUGGCUCUUCUCAGGAUGCGACGGGACGAUCUGGCCCGGGUUUGUCUGAGGGAUGGCGGGAAGCCUGUGGAGGCCCACCGGAUCCGAGACAAAACCAUCCGGCCAUUCCAGAGCGGAUUAGUGAAGAUCCUUGGCUAUGAGCUCCAGCCAGGGCUGGACAACACCACCAGGAUGGCCUGUCUGAGGAUGAUCAGACCUGAGAUCCAGUACAAAGAUGUACUGGAUGUUAAACAGUUCCCACGGGCUCAGCCGAUCCAAGCCCAGCCAGGCCAACAGAGCCAGGGACUCAUGAUAGCAGCCGGUGGCUCUUUUCUGAGACAAGACUCGUCCAGGACAGGAGGAGAGAGGCAGGUGGGGGUAGAGGGAGGGGGGAGGACGGUGGAGAAGGGGGAGAGAGACUGGGAUGGAAGCCAUUUAAUGAGGAACAACCAGACUUUGAUACGAGUGCAAGAAAAAGGAAGGUUGAGAUAGUUUGAGGUGAGUCUUGUCCCUAAAUAUGGUACCUUUGACUAAUGAAACUGAAAACUGAGCCGAGAAAACAAAAAGCUCCUCCUUUGCACUUCCACUUUUUGGUCAUUUGCUUGUUUUCUUAAAAACUGUCUCUGCUUUUAGUUAGUGUAAUUCUCGUGGACUUGCCCUUUGACCUCUGAGCGCCUGGGAUGCUUUCAUGGCUGCAGUAACAAGCUGAAAGAUGAUGGUAGGUUUUGUGUCAUAAAGUGAGAGGACCACUUUGUUUUUGGUAUGGUAAAACACUCCUGAAGUGUUGGCAGGUGCUACUGCUGCAGUUUAUUACACAGUGAUGUGUGACGGUGGGCACACAAGCCUGUUUUAUUCCUGGUUCACGAGUACUAUAAGAGUUCCACUUUUCAUGUUGACAUUGGUGCACAUGCUUGAAACUUCUCAAAUUAAAGAUACUUAUAGUCACAGUUUGUGUCUCUCAUGCAGUCCAAGUCACACAAUCAAGCAUCUGAUUUUCUUUAAGCUAAUCUUUGAAAACACAGGCCUUUAAAAAGAGAACCCAUGUUUUAAAGGUAUUACCAUAAUCCUCAGACUCUGGAUAAAUAAAUAUUUUGUCUGCUGCACAACAAAAAAAGAUUUAAAAAUGUUUUUUCUUAAUCAAAACAGAGUUGAUAGCCAGAAAUGUCACAUGUUCCAGCUCAAUUAGUACAACAUGUACAAAAGUUUUAAAAAGUAUUUAUUCAGUCAUCCUUUUUUUUUUAGAAAUUGUUGUUCCUUUGAGUCACUUCAUAUUUAAUACAAAAUAAUGCAUUAAUAAUACUUUAUACAUAAUAUACUUUAAUUGCUUUACACUAUACACUAUACACUAAGGGGCGGUGUUAGUGAGACAAACAGCAGACAAACAUAAGACAGACACACAAGACACACUGAUAUCUUAGGGCAGGGAGUUCCAAGACAGAGUUUAUCUUGUAUAUACUGUAUAAAAUGAGCAAAGAGGUGUGCUAUUUCUAGGGCUGUACCGAAUGUUUUGAAGCUUUGUUCGUUGCCAUGAUAUUUGAACAGCAAAAUCAGUAAUCA